CAAGAACAUACAAAAAACAUGGGUGCGAAUGAUGAUCCCAUACAUCCCGUCGCCGCUCCCACCGAAGCUGGCGACGCUCAUACUCACCACACAGGCACGACCACCACGACCACCACUACCCCCAAACACCAUGGCAUUCCCGAACAUGGUCAUAACCCUUCAAAACAGAUAGGUGUCGACGAGAACCCAGACUUGACUCUACACUACUCUCAUGAACAUCAACAUAAGCAUCUCCACCACGGUCGUCCUUCCUUGAGUGGUCGCGACGAUGAGGUCUUGUACGCCGAAGGCACGACCUUUGACAAGUCCAACAUUGGCGAAGUCGGACCUCAAGACUACAAGACUCAUCAUCUCCGAGCGGCGCAACAACAACAACAACAACAACAACAGCAUCCCGUCGUCGUCGACGAAAAGGACUUUGUCGCCGCCGACGCCGAAAAGGGCGCCAUCGGCCAGAUGGGAGGCGUCCCGGCAGACUCGACCAGCUCCGAGCAAGGCGACGCUCGAAAACAUCGCGUCAAGAGGGCCUAUGUCAAGUACAAGAUCUUUGUACAUUUGUUCAUCUGGUUAUUCUUCACCGGCUGGUGGAUCGCCGGCCUCGUCCUCCAUCGUCACGACCUGGGCUGGCUGAUCCCCUUUUUGUUGUACCUCGCCAUCACGCUGCGCCUGAUCUUUUUCUGGGCGCCCAUCACCGUCGUCACCGUGCCCAUGCACUUUGUCUGGAACCACACGGGCGUGCGAGUCUACCAGAUGGUUCCCGAGAAAUUGCGACUCCCGCUGGCCGCCCUGGUCGCCCUCGCCGUCAUCCUGGUCGGGUCGUUUGUGUCCGAGGAGUCGGCCGACAACACUCGCGGCAACCGCGCCAUCUCCCUGCUGGGCCUCGCCAUCAUGCUGGCCUUGUUGUGGGUCACGUCCCGCGACCGCCGCAAGAUCCGCUGGCACACGGUCAUCGGGGGCAUGCUGACCCAAUUUGUCAUCGCCGUCUUUGUCCUGCGCACAAAGGCGGGCUAUGACAUUUUCAACUUCAUCUCCGGCCUGGCGCGAGACCUGCUCGGGUUCGCCGACCAAGGCACCGAAUUCUUGACCAACGCCUCGGUCCUCAAGCUGGGUUGGUUCUUGACCGGGGUCGUCCCGCCCAUCAUCUUCUUCGUCUCCCUCGUCCAGGUCUUGUAUUACUUUGGCAUCCUCCAGUGGUUCAUCCAAAAGUUUGCGACCUUCUUCUUCUGGAGUCUGCGGGUGUCCGGGGCCGAGGCCGUCGUGGCAGCGGCCUCACCGUUCAUCGGCCAGGGCGAAUCCGCCAUGCUCAUCCGGCCCUUUGUGUCUCACCUGACCCUGGCCGAACUCCACCAGGUCAUGACUUCGGGGUUCGCCACCAUCGCCGGUUCGGUCCUCGUGGCCUACAUCAGUCUCGGGUUGAACGCCCAGGCCUUGGUCUCGAGCUGCAUCAUGUCCAUCCCCGCGUCGUUGGCCGUGAGUAAGAUGAGGUACCCGGAGACGGAGGAGACCAUCACCUCGGGUCGCUGCGUCAUCCCGGACGACGACGAGCACCGGGCCACGAACGCCCUCCACGCCUUCGCCAACGGGGCCUGGCUGGGCAUCAAGAUCGCCGGAAUGAUCGUCGCCACCUUGCUCUGCAUCAUCGCCCUGAUCGGCCUGAUCAACGGCCUCUUGGGCUGGUGGGGUCGAUACAUCGACAUCACCCAGGACGGCGAACCUUACCUCACCCUGCAGCUCAUCCUGGGCUACAUCUGUUACCCCGUGGCCUUCCUGCUCGGCGUGCCCCGCGACGAUCUGUUGAAGGUCGCCCAACUCAUAGGCAUCAAGGUCAUCGCCAACGAGUUUGUCGCCUACAACAGUUUGACUUCGGAACAACAGUACAUCGACAUGAGUCCCAGGUCACAGUUGAUCGCCACUUAUGCAUUGUGUGGAUUCGGCAACUUUGGUAGUCUGGGAACUCAAAUCGGCGUCCUUUCACAAAUCGCCCCCUCCAGAGCCGGCGACGUUUCUCGUGUGGCCCUUUCGGCCCUCUUUUCCGGGGUCUUGUCGACGCUGACUUCCGCUUCCAUCGCUGGACUCUUGGUGACGGACCAAGUCAAUUUGAAUCAAAAAUCCGCUUCGUCUUGAUUUGACUUCCCCGAAACCCCCAACAAAUGGGGAUAUGAGAAGCACAAACAAAAAAGAACAAAUACAGAUAGCUAGUCAAGUUUCAACCAUCAGAUGCUUACGGAGUAGCGUAACUAUCACAUAUACUCGCUCUGUGCCUGGUCAUAUAGCC